CGAGCUUGUAAAGUGGGAAGAGGAGGUGGUGAGGGGGGAAGAAGGGCGGGCACAAGCCUUUCCUCUAAGUCAAUAUUUUAUACUUUUGAUACUCCUUGACGCUGGAUUUCAGUCCUCUUUUCCCAGCCGUUUCUAGAUCUAGGACACCGAUCUACCGGGUGCUGCCAUCUACGGUGUGAUAAAAAAGUAUCCGGCAGAAGGCAAAAACAAACAGCGAGCCGGGGCAGGCAGAUAAUGGGAGUACAGUGAGCGCCGCGGCGGGGAACGAGUACAGUGGAUGAUCUGGGGGAUCUUUUUUACCCCAAAAGGGGGACGCACAGUACUCCAACGCCACACAAAGUGCUGACCUGUCUCGCGGAUGCAUGUUAGAAGACAAUCAGAGGAGCUCGGCCAGUGCAAAACGUCAAAUGGAUAUACCUGAAGACGCAGUAACUUCUCCUUCAUCCUCCACGACCAGCUCCACUUUUCCCCUGCAGGACACCGCUCUCUGAGAGGUGACCCCGCCGUUAACAUCUCCCACCCAACCCCCUGCAACACUAUGGUUAAAGUGUAUGCUGAGAUUAAUCUCUGUAACAUUAUCCGCCUCUCCACCCACCGCGCAUCUUCCUCAGGAAGUCAGCCGUCAAAACAAGAAAGUGCCCCUCUUUCGCCUGUGUGGGGACCGUCAACAUCUGUGAAGAGACACUGAGCGGAAGACUUUAUAAGCCUGGGGGCAAGUUGUGUCAACUUACCUGCACCUCUCCUUUCACAGUACAGCAGUAUGGCGCUAGGGAUGUUCACUAUUUCCUUAUGAUCACCGCUCCAUGCGCUUCACCUCUCCUCUGAGUUCAGUGCCCCCCCUCACCCUGUGCCGGACCCCGCACCAAACACCCCACCGCCUGCCAUGCUCCUCCAAGCCGUGUUUCUGCUGUUGCUGCGCUGCUUGGCCUCCACGCUGGGCCAGUACGAACUGUGCAAGUCGCUGGUGAGCACGGAUGAGGGCUCGGUGUGGGAGCAGUACGCGUGCCAGCCGAAAAGCACGUCCAUGAAAGACUACAUGCGGAUCAAGGUGGAUCCGCCCGGAAUCACUUGUGGAAACCCGCCCGAGAGGUUCUGCACUCUGGAGAACCCAUACCUGUGCAGUGACGAGUGUGAUGCCUCAAACCCAGACUUGGCCCACCCUCCUCAGCUGAUGCAGGACAAAGAACGCACAGGUCUCCUCACCUACUGGCAGACAGUCACAUGGAGACGCCACCCAGAGCCCCUGCUGGCCAACAUCACCAUGUCCUGGAACAAGAGUCUGGAACUCACAGACGACAUCCUGAUCACCUUUGAGUACGGCCGUCCUACUAUCAUGGUACUGGAUAAGUCCAUGGACCACGGACGCUCCUGGCAGCCCUACCAGUUCUACGCUGACGACUGCAUGGACGCCUUCAAAAUGCCACCCAAACGUGUGAGUGAACUCUCACCCACCAACGUCACGCGGGUCAUCUGCACCGAGCAGUACUCGCGCUGGGUCGGCUCCAAGAGCGACAAGAAUGUGAAGUUCGAGGUGCGGGCGCGCUUUGCUGUGUUUGCAGGACCACGGCUACAGAACAUGGACAACCUGUACACUCGCAUGGAAAGUAUGAAGGGAUUGAGGGACUUCUUCACCUUCACCAACCUUAGGAUGAGGCUUCUCAGGCCCGCUCUCGGAGGCACGUAUGUCCAGAGAGACAACCUGCUCAAGUACUUCUAUGCCAUCUCGAACAUCGAGGUACCUGCCAGGUGUAAAUGUAACCUCCACGCCUCCCAGUGCCUGCUGCAGGAUGGGAACCUCCAGUGCCAGUGUGAACACAACACCACCGGCCAGGAUUGCCAGCGGUGCAGGAAGGGCUUCAAAGCCAAGUCCUGGAAGGCUGGUUCCUACCUGCCAGCACCCAAUGGAACCCCCAACACCUGUACAAUUGCUGGCUCCCCCUCCGGUUCUAACACGAGAGCUCCACCAGCAGAAACCAGAGUUACAGACAGCUCAACCCCACUAACAGACAACGUGUUACACACCAGGGCUUUGUCUGAGCCUCCACUGGUACCCAUGGGAGAAUCUGACACACUUCUCGUUACAGCAGAGGUUCACCCUCCUUCAGCAUCCUCUGUGUCAGAGGAGUACCGAGUGUCCCUGACAUCAGAGGAGUUCACACCUUUAGAGACAAUCCCUGAACAUUCACAUCUGUCUCACCCAGCCCCAAAGGAGUCCACACAUCAUUCAGUUGUUGAUCAUCAUCAUCACCAUCGACAACCACUGACAAUACAGUCCGUCCUGACUCAUCUUCACCAUCAUACAAGCCUGCACGAAACUGAGGAAAAACACUCAGAGCCGAGGCAUAGUGAGCGAGGAGUCUCCCACAAGUCUGAGGGACACGUACAUGAGACUCAUGGCCACAAAACAUCCUCAUCUUGGCACAAGGAGGAGGAGAAAGAGGAGAAAGAAAGAAUAACUGAAAAGACAGGCCCCCACAAGUCCGACGAACACAUACAUGAGCGUCAUCGCCACAAAACAACAACCUCAUCUGAGCACUGGGAGGAAACAAAAGCGGAAGGGAAAGUUUCCCACACAUCUGAGGGACACGUACAUGAGACUCAUGGCCAUGUACAAGAGAGUCAUGGCCACGUACAAGAGACUCAUGGCCAUGUACAAGAGACUCAUGGCCACAAACAAGAGACUCAAGGCCACGUACAAGAGACUCAUGGCCACAUACUAGAGACUCGUGGACACGUACAAGAGACUCAUGGCAACGUACAAGAGACUCAUGGCAACGUACAAGAGACUCAUGGCCACGUACUAGAGACUCAUGGCCACGUACAAGAGACUCAUGGCCACGUACAAGAGACUCAUGGCCACGUACAAGAGACUCAUGGCCACGUACUAGAGACUCAUGGCCACGUACAAGAGACUCAUGGCCACGUACAAGAGACUCAUGGCCACGUACUAGAGACUCAUGGCCACGUACAAGAGACUCAUGGCCACAUACAAGAGACUCAUGGCCACGUACUAGAGACUCAUGGCCACGUACAAGAGACUCAUGGCCACGUACUAGAGACUCAUGGCCAUGUACAAGAGACUCAUGACCACAAACAAGAGACUCAUGGCAACGUACAAGAGACUGAUGGACACAAAACAACAACCUCAUCUGAGCAUGGGCAGAAAAGGGUGGAGGAGCAUAAAGUGCCGCACAAGUCCGAGAGACAAGUACAUGAGACACAUGGCUACAAAACCACAACCUCAUCUGGGCACGAGGAGAAAUGGGAGGAGAAGGAAAGAAAAGCUGAAAGGAAAGUCCCCCACAUGUCUGAGGGACACGUACAUGAAACUCAUGGCCACAAAACAACAACCUCAUCUGAGCACUGGGCGGAAAGGGAAAAGGAGGAGCAUAAAGAAAGAAAAGCUGAAAUGACAGUCUCCCACAAUUCUGAGGGAAAAAGACAUGAGAGUCAUGGCCACAAAACAACCUCAUCUGGACACGGGGAAGUUUCCCACAUAUCUAAGGAACACAGACAUGAGAUUCAUGGCCAUGUACAAGAGACUCAUGGCCACGUACAAGAGAUUUAUGGACACAUACAAGAGGCUCAUGGACACGUACAAGAGGCUCAUGGCCACGUACAAGAAACUCAUGGCCACGUACAAGAGACUCAUGACCACGUACAAGAGACUCAUGACCACGUACAAGAGAUUCAUGGCCGCGUAAAAGAGACUCACGGACCCGUAAAAGCGACUCACGGACCCGUAAAAGAGACUCAUGGCCACGUACAAGAUACUCAUGGCCACCUACAAGAGACUCACGGCCACCUACAAGAGACUCACGGCCACGUACAAGAGACUCACGGCCACAUACAAGAGACUCAUGACCACGUACAAGAGAUUCAUGGCCGCGUAAAAGAGACUCACGGACCCGUAAAAGCGACUCACGGACCCGUAAAAGAGACUCAUGGCCACGUACAAGAUACUCAUGGCCACCUACAAGAGACUCACGGCCACGUACAAGAGACUCACGGCCACGUAAAAGAGACUCACGGCCACGUACAAGAGACUCACGGCCACGUACAAGAGACCCAUGGCCACGUACAAGAGACUCAAGGCCAUGUACAAGAUACUCAUGGCCAUAUACAAGAGAUUCAUGGCCGCGUAAAAGAGACUCAUGGCCACGUACAAGAGACUCAUGGCCACGUACAAGAGACUCACGGCCACGUACAAGAGACUCACGGCCACGUACAAGAGACUCACGGCCACGUACAAGAGACUCAAGGCCAUGUACAAGAUACUCAUGGCCAUAUACAAGAGAUUCAUGGCCGCGUAAAAGAGACUCAUGGCCACGUACAAGAGACUCAUGGCCACGUACAAGAGACUCACGGCCAUGUACAAGAUACUCAUGGCCACGUACAAGAGACUCAAGGCCAUGUACAAGAUACUCAUGGCCAUAUACAAGAGAUUCAUGGCCACGUAAAAGAGACUCACGGCCGCAUAAAAGAGACUCACGGCCACGUACAAGAGACUCAUAGCCACGUACAAGAGACUCAUGGACCCGUACAUGAGAUUCAUGGCUACGAACAUGACACUCAUGGCCACAAAACAACCUUAUCGGAGCAUGGGGAGGAAAGAAAAUCGGAAAGCAAAGUUUCCCACAAGCCUGAGGGAAACGUGCAUGAGACUCAUGGCCACAAAACAUCAUCAUCUGGGCACAGGGAGGAGGAAAGAAAAGCAGAAAAGAAAGUCUCCCAUCAUUUUAUGGGACACUUACAUGAGACUCAUGGACACAAAACAACCUCAUCUGGGUAUGGAAAAGAGCAGCACAAAGAAAGAAAAUUGCAUCACAAACCUGAGUGGGAAAGAGGGAGUCAUGAGACCCCAAAACACACUUCAGGGAUAGAAGAUGAAGACAGACAAGAAAGAGAGAAACAGAAAGGGCUUCUGAAACUCUUGAUCUCAGGAGAGCCCCAGGCCAGACAGUUGUUUGGGAUCAUAUACGAUGAUUUCAGGGACUGUGAGUGCUAUGGCCACUCCAACCGCUGUAGCUACAUCGACUACCUGAACAUUGUCACAUGCGUCAGCUGCAAGCACAACACCAGAGGCCAGAACUGCCAACACUGCAGACUGGGAUACUUCCGCAACGCCUCUGCCGAACUGGAUGAUGAGAGCGUCUGCAUCGAGUGCAACUGCAAUCAGAUGGGUUCUGUUCAUGACCGGUGUAACGGCACAGGCUUCUGCCAGUGUAAAGAUGGGGCCACGGGGGCCAAGUGUGACGACUGUCUGCCAGGAUACUACUGGAAACAAGGCUGUUACACUAACAUUUGUGACGAGGAGAUGCUCCUGUGCCAGAACGGAGGAACAUGCUACCAGAGCCAGAAGUGCAUCUGUCCUCCAGAGUUUAAGGGGGUACUGUGCCAACACUCCCGCUGCGAUGCGGGCAAGGACUGCAACGCCGCCUCUUCCCUGCACCUUACCACAGCCACCCUGCUGCUCUGCACUCUGCUCGCCCACCUGCUGGCCACGUUAACUUCCCACUGAGCCACGAAAACCCCCUCACACCAAGAAGUGUGUGUAUAUGUGUGUGUACGUGAGCCGAGGGGUGACCCAGAGUGGGUAGGGCCGCCCCCAGUCGUGGACCCGACAAACACACACCGCAGCACCCGCAAAAGCGCACACACUUACAACACAAACUAGCCCCAAUUUCCUUUCAAACACGCAUAUAUAUCAUUACAUAUCCACACACACACACACACACACACACACACACACACACACACACAGGACUAUUAUGAUACUGAGUGUGUGCUCAGGUGUGAGAAGGACAAAGACAGAAAAAAGGGGAGCGACCUCAGAGAAAAAAAAGAUGCAGACGAAGGGGGACAAAUAAUACCAACCACUGUUCCCUUUAUUCCAGAGCUGGAGCAAUGUGCAUCAAACCAAAAAGUAUAAACAAAACACUUAAAUCACCACUGUUUCACUUCUAAGGGAAUGGCUGUUGUACCCACAAGGACCUUUUCUUUUGUUUUGUUUUCUUGGUUGAUUUAAGGAUCUCACCCCCGCUUGACUGACGGCCAAGGCGUGUGUGUGGUCAGACUCUGUGAGAAUACGAGACACGACGAACGAGACGGGAGGCGAAGUGCGCGUUUGAUCCUGCUGCUGAGGCCUACAUAGUAUAUUAACCAGGUUUCAUUUCUUCUCAAAAGAUGAGGCUUGAUUUUACAUUUAUUCUAUUUCUGCUGCAUUCUUUUAUUUUUUAUUAUAUCUUCAGUCAUUGUAUCUAACGUGCCCACUAACCACUAAGUCGCUGAGAUCAUACAUAUUAUAUAAUAUCCAGGGGGUUACAAAUUAUAAAAAGAUUUAGUCACUAUUAUGGUUGUUAUAGGAAUGAGUGAUUGCUGCCACACUUAGCGAGAUUUAAUCUUCACACAGUAUUCAGGAAGCAGAAUUUAACAGAAUUUAACUUAUCAGAAAUCUAAAAGAGAGAAAAGAUAUCGACCACGUAUCAAUAUUAUAUGACAUUAUUUGAAUAUUUUUUGUAGAAAUUAUUUUUGUUUGGAGUUACAAUAAAUUAUAAAAAAUGACAUUUACAACUAUUCCAAAUGAGCAUUUUAUUACACUGAGUGUAAACCUUGCAGUAAAUAUGACUGUUAUUUGC